GAAGACAACGGUUUCCAUCAAAGAGUCGACUUUAGUCUGCGAAAGUGUUUUAUCGCCCGAAACGGUUGGCAAUUGGUUUCGGCCGACUAUUCGCAGUUAGAGCUCAGAAUUUUGGCCCAUCUCUCCAAAGAUCGGCGGCUGACACAAGUGCUCAACAGUGGCGGCGAUGUCUUCAAGAAUAUCGCUUCGGUUUGGAAGUCGAAAUCAGUGGACGACAUCACCGCCGAUGAGAGACAGCAAUCGAAACAAAUCUGUUACGGAAUGAUAUACGGAAAGGGAGAGCAGUCAUUGGCCGAAGACCUGGAAGUGACCGAAGAAGAGGCGAAAGAGUUUAUGGAGACUUUUAUUAACCGCUACGAAGGCGUCAAGCGAUUUAUCUCCCAAACCAUCGACAACUGCCGCGAAUUGGGUUUUGUGGAAACGCUGAGCGGACGGCGCCGUUAUUUGCCGCACAUUCUCAGCGGUAACUCAGCGCUGAGGGCGAGGGCUGAGCGACAGGCCGUCAACUCGACAAUACAGGGCUCGGCGGCCGAUCUCGUGAAGACAGCGAUGGCCGCACUCCGGACGCGACUGUUGGCCGAGAGUGGCAUCGAUUGCCGAUUUAUUUUGCAAAUGCACGACGAGUUGAUGUACGAAGUGAUUGACACAUCUGUCGACCCGUUUGUCCACAUAAUGACCGAAUGUAUGGAAAAUUGUCGCAAAAAUUUUUCGGUAGAACUGGCCGUCAGAGUGAAGACCGGUCCCAAUUGGGCUCAACUCCAGUACAUAGACUCACCGCACGAU